AUGACCGCACCCAACGCUGGAGCCAAUAGCUCCCUCGCCUCCAUGAUGGAGGACCCGUUCGUCUCGAAUGCUGGGCAGCCCACCGCCCCUCGCGAAUCUCACCGAUACUCGUCCUUUGAUACGCAGCUUUUCAGCCUCAAUGCAUCGUCACCCGCACAAGCCAAGCGAGCCCUCGAAGCUCACCUCGCGGAAACUGAGCGCCGGCUGGAGGAGGCAUCCAAGUUGGGAACCGCCCUCAUCGCUCAGCAGCAAGAACUCUCAGAGCAGCUGAAAGAGGUCGAGCAACAGCAGGAUGAGGGCGAAAUGGGCCCAGAACUGCGGAAGAGACUGGCCGAUCUCGAACAGGAGUAUAAUGAGAUCGGUCGGGAAUCGGCGCGCGCAUUUCUGGCCCCGAAGCGGCUGGCAGGGAAUUCGGAGGAGGCCCAACUGGGUACCCCGUCAUUCGACCAAAAGUCACCCAUCAGUCCCGCUUUGUUCGCCGGCCAGGCAACAAACUCCCCCAGUAAAGUUAGCGUUCCGUCCCGCAAGCAACGCAACCAGUCGUCGAACCGGGUCCACGAUAUCGAAUUCGCGACCGAAAUUUCCACAUCGCUACUCGCCCAAGUCCGUCAACUACAGGCGCUCUUAGCGGAACGAGAAGAAUCUCUCAAAUCCGUCAACCUAGAGAAGUCGCGCCUAGAGCUCGAAGCGGAAGGCUAUGCGCAGCGAAUCCGGGCGCUGGAUGACAGCGAACAGCGAUAUAAAGAUGAGAACUGGGCACUGGAGACUCAAGCCCACGAACUGAUGGCAACGAUUCGAGACUCCAAUGAGCGAGAGAAAAGACUCAACAGCAGCCUGAGCGCAUCAAACUCGGAGAAAAAUGCCGUUGAACGUGAACUGGAGGAACUCAGACAAGCCAACUCGAAGCUGGUGGAGGAUCAGACGGCCGCGCAAAAAUCCAACGACGCGGAAAUCCAUCUCUUGCGCCGCAACUUGAAUGCUGGCGAUCUGGAAAAAUCCGCUCUUCAAAAGAAACUCGAAGAGCUGACCUCGCAGAACCAAGAGUUGGCAAAAGCAGUCGCUAUGCGGAUCCGACAGCAUGAGUCCCAGGCUUCGCGGGACUUGCCUGACGAUGUCAAUGGCGACGAGCCCGAACAGACGACGCCUGACAACUCUCCCCCUCCGUCACCGAAUAAGUUCACUCCGCGCCACAAUCACUUGGAAUCUGAAACCUUGAAGAGCUCUCUGGGUCAUGCUCACCGCAUGAUCCAGAACCUCAAGAGCACAAUUCACCGCGAGAAGACGGAGAAGAUUGAACUCAAGCGCAUGCUGCAAGAGGCUCGGGAUGAAGUUGAGCAGCGCCGUCGCGAGAGUGCUGUGCCCAACGGAUCGAAGAAGAACCUCAAGAAGAAGGAUGAUUCUUUCCGGAAGCCUGCACGCCCCGAUCUCCUGGGCGCAGGCCGCAAAGAAACAUCAAUGGUUGAAUUUCACGACACCGACUGGGAGGACAAUGCAAGCCAGAUCAGCCCAACUCGACCAGCAGUAACAAACGGGCCUCGAAGCCGCACUGGUGCUCGUUCUCCUGACGAACCCAGCGAUGUCUAUCAGACCGCUACCGAAGCUGAGGAUGGAUUUGAAACCGCCAACGAGCGUGCGACUGCAACGGAAAGCGAGGCAUUCCAAACCGGUGUGGAAAGUAUGGCAGACGAUAGCAGCGACUCGGCAGACCUCACCGAGACCGAGAACAAUGUUCAGACCACCCCUCGUAACCGCGUUUCUUCGUCGCUGGUUAUGGCUAAGGCCCGUGACCGGACCUCCUAUCAUAGCUCGGCUUCUACAUCAGAUGAUGAAGAAACUGAUAGCGGCUUCCCCUCUCCCAGCCAGAUGCACAUUUCUCGCCCUCGUGUCCGAUCCAAGCGGAGCGUCCUUUCUAGCAGGCGGAUUCGACCUUCCGGGGAGGCGCCUAUGGCCUCAAACAGCCGUCCAUCCAGCGCAAGUAACUCUCCUGCUCCAAGCUUUGAGCAAGAACCCAUGGCUCAAGAAGGCCAGAGCUUGUUUGCAGAGCUGGCAGAGCUGGAAGGAGGUGAAGAGGAAGAGGAAGAAGCUGGUGAGGCCUCCCAGGCAUCCACCCCGCGUAUGCAAGCCGCCUCAGGCUCUCGCAGGCCCUCUGAAAUCGCUCUGGACAGCUUGCCUAAGCCUGUCAUGGUGGAUAGCGGUAUGAUGACUGAGCCUUGGGAGCCUCAGGCUGCUGCGGCGGCUGUCGUGGGUGAAGGCAACCUUGACAAUGCCCCGGCUACACCAAAGAGAAGCCAGGCCGUUGAUCGCGAAAUUGAUGCUGAAUCGGAGACAACCCCUAAACUGAUCAGCUCGGGCACACAAUGGACACCACUCAAGGGACCUGUUGUAGACGGGGAUCACUUGUCCAAUGUCCCGACACCGCCGAAAAUGGCCUGGGAUGAACAUGCUGAAUCCCAGCGGGUUGAAGCGGGUACUCAGGCCGAGUCAGAGGCACCAGAACUGGGCGUGGCGGCCAUUUCUUCCCAAGAAACUCGACCUGCUGAACCCAGGUGGCGUACACUGGAGGUCGCUUUUGUCGCCGGAGGCGAGACUCUGCCCGUGAAUCAUGAGCUUCCUGAGCCCGAGGUCCCAGAGUUCAAUGUUUCCUCCAUCUCCUCACAAACAACCGAACCCAUUAUGGCUACUGUGCACGAACCCGAGCCAGUGGUCGUGGAGCCGGUGCGAGAAUUGCCCGAGCUCACCCUCUCAUCUCUCUUCACCUAUUCUACCGUACCUGUUCAGGCACGCCUCCCCGAACCUGAACCGGUGGCUGAGAUUCCAGAAGCCACUCCGGCAGAGCUGGGCAUUGCUUCUAUCUCGACUCAACAUACUGAACCAGUGGAGCCCCGGCAUCCCGAGCCUGCUCCCGUGCCAGAGCCCAUUAUCAUUCCUGCGCCGGCGCCUGAGCCAGUUCUUCCGGAACUGUCCAUCUCCAUGCUCGAUCCCGCUUCUACGCAGCCUGUUGCGCCGAAGCCAAUCGAGAUACCCGUUCCGGAGCCCUUGCCCGAGCCAGCUAUUCCGGAGUAUUCGAUCUCUUUGAUGGAUCCGGCCUUCACCAAGCCAGUGGUGCCGACCCCCAUUGAGGUUCCUGCUCCACCCGUUCCAUCAGUAUCUACCCUGAGCUCAGUGGAAACCCAGCCCGUCCAAUCUGUGCCGCCAGUGGCUCCUCUGAUGGCUGAAUUGGGUAUCCAAACAGAACCCAUGGAGGAACUCAAGGCUGCUGCUGCUGUGGCCAUUCACGAAGAUGAGAAUUGUGAGGCAACUCGCAACCGUGCUAGCACCAGCGCCAGUGAUCGACGCACGAGCAUUGGUCUGGCUCUCAGCGAUAUUUCCGGUAAUGCCUUGCCGCAAUCUACUACGGAGAACCCCGGAUCUGUUAGCAUGGACCAGGGCUCGCAAACUAUUCUGUCCGCGAAGCAGAUUGAUCAGAUUCUGCUCGACCGACAGUCCGCGCGACCAAUUUCCUCCGCUGACAGCAAGACAAAGGAUGUAGCUGCAAUGGGGGCUGCUUCCGCUGCCGCUGCAUCACCUUUUGCCACGCCUAAGCUCAGACCUCGUCUUCAAGGACAGUCAUCGACCAAAUCCUCAACACCAAGUCAGCGACGACCCGAUAGCUCUACUAGCCAGGCGUCUGGUCUUAGCGCUCAUCCGCCAUUGCCCUCUGACCACCGCGAGGCGAUCAUGGCCGCCGAGAAGAAGUCGAUCGAUAUGCAACCAGCCGCGUCUCCAGGUGUAAUGGGACCUCCUCUUGCACCUGCCUCGGCAUACCGCAUGAACGUGCAAGGGCCGCGAACCCCGGGAGAACAAGCACCGGGGCCAGGCUCGACAAGAUCCGUCUCUACCCAGGCCCGGAUGAGGAGAAGCAGCCAGAGUCAGAUGUCAAGGAGGUCUUCGGUGUCCUCGUUCGCAUCCGAAUUGGAAGAGCGGUUCAACAUGGCACCCAACGCUGGCGCCAUGCCUCACGGAUACGGGCCCAACACCGACCCGCGCAUGAUCCAGGCAAUCACCCAGACCAUGAUCGGCGAGUUCCUCUGGAAGUAUACCAGGAAGACUGGAUCCGGGAACAUGUCGUCAACCCGUCAUCGACGGUACUUCUGGGUGCACCCGUAUACUCGCACUCUUUACUGGAGUGAGCAGGAUCCACAGACAGCCGGAAAGAAUGAGCUUCGGACCAAGAGUGUUCCCAUUGAAGCCGUGCGAGUCGUCGCCGACGAUAACCCUUACCCCCCUGGACUGCACUGCCGUAGCUUGGAAGUUGUCAGUCCGGGCCGUCGGUUGCGAUUCACUGCUACUACGAGCCAAAGACAUGAGACCUGGUACAAUGCUCUGUCCUACCUGCUUACUCGAGAGGAAGAUGAGAACUGCGAAGACCAUAACAACAAUGUAACCCUGGAUGAUAUUGACGAAUUCAACCCCGGGUUCCGCUCGGCUUCUCGCCAGACAGGUCGCAUGUCCCAAGCCUCCCACAAUAGCCGUCGACAGGCACCCAAGCAGCAGCGAGCUGCCUCUGCAAUGUCCAUGCGGUCAGGAACACAAGGACGCGCGUCUCCCGCAUUCAGCUCUCCGGGCCUCAACUCCACGUUGCAAGUACCGGAAGAUGCUCCACAGCGAUCUGCAUCUCGUCUCAGUACAAUUCUGACCGGCUCGAUCCGCGGCUCAAUUGCUAGUCUCAAGGGACGCCAUGGUCAAGCUGAAAGUCUUCACAAUGAAAGUCUACGCGGCCAGAACAGCGUUGAAAACUUUGGUCACACGCACGAUGCCGACGAAGAUGAGCGACUUGAGAACGUCCGUGCCUGCUGUGACGGGAAGCACGAUGUCGGCUCCCUCUCCCGCACCAGUCGAUAUAGCCCGAGAGUUGAUCGCAUCCACUCCCACCAUUAA